UAAUGUCAAUCUGCUUUUGUCCAUUCGCAAUGGUGUUAAAAUGUAAACAUUGUAGUAUAUACUUAUCGAUUUUUGGCUUGAAAAUCUACUAGAACGAGCUAGUGUUUAGUUUAAUGGAUUGAAAUUUGUUAUAAUAGAUUGAUGUUUGAAAAGAUUACCAAAGACCCUCCUAUCACAUCUGGCAAGAUGGAAGAACUAUCCGGUGUGAUGAUUGUUAUAAUCAUCGGGGGUGGAGUUCUAGCAGUCACAAUUUGUUUUAUCAUUGCAAAACGGCAAAUCGUUCGAUUUACUCUUCGACAGCGACGGGGUCCUCACGUAGCUGUUGGACAUGAUGCAAAAAAGUCCAUUAAAAAAGAAAUUGAGAGACGCAUUGAUUGUAUAAAUAAAAUAUACUUCGAGCCAAAGUUAUUGUGGGAUGACAAAAAAGAUGGGGAAAAGUAUAUACUUCAACCAGAUUCGGUUUUGCCUCCUUACUAUUACCGAAUGAAAGCCAUGGACGAUGUCAAAGAACUCGAGAAAGAAAUCACAAAACAAGACGGUUCUACCAGACAUCCACAAGAUAGCUUGAGAGCAUUUUUGUUGACAACGUUAGCAGCUCCGCUGAACGGUGCAGGACAGAGAUUAAUUCAUCAGUUUUGUGAUAUGUACGAACAUGCAAGACAUGAUCCAAAUGAGUUUGGCGAAGAGGAGUACCAAGCUUAUCAAAGACUGCUAAAGAAAAUUAGUGACGCAGCCAAAAUGUUGAAAUCAUUCACGAAUAGUCGUAAAUCAUCGCCCAGUCGAACUCCUGUGAAAAAACAAAGUAAGAUGCAAUCAUUACUGGACCCUUCUCGCCUGAGACCUCCACCGAUGAGCGCAGGAGGAGGUGGCAUUGGGGGAGACACAGGUAACCAGAAUGCACGACUGAACCUUUCACUCGGUGUUCAUCUACAGCAACAGCAGCUUCAACAACAAGAAGAACUGUCGGAGAACGAAAUCCUGAGUAUUUCACAAUAUCAUGGCGAAACAGAAACCUUUGCCAUACACAGGUCUUUCAAAAAUUGAUAUGGUUUGAUAACGUAUAAAACUAGGAAUUCUAGAAAACUGUCUUCUAGAAUAAUGAUGGUAGCAUCGGUAAUAUAUAAAAUAAAGAUAACCAGAUAAUGA